AUGGAUCCCAAGUCAGUACCUGCUGAGCUACAAGAAUUAACAAUAGUUGAACAGCAACUAAUUAGUAGGAUAUCCCCUGCCAUCAAUAUUCAUAUGCUUAAACAUGGGGGGAUCGCUGCAAAUGGUCACUGUGUAACAUUCCAACAACAAAUAAAUGAACCUGCGCAAAUCCUGCCCAAACUUCCCUCAGAAAUAAAUAUUCCUAAAGUUCGAAGAAAGGGCAAAGAUGAGAGUUAUAAGGAUUAUCAUGUAAGGAGGUUUAUUGUUCAAAAUGCUCUCAUCUGGCUCAAGAACAAUAACCCAUCAUACUUUGAUAUCAUCAUAAGCAAUGAUAGGCUAAAUCAACUCCCUUUUGACAGCCCACUUGAACUUCAAACUCUUGAACUCGACACUUUUGAGAGCAAAAAUGAUGACCAAGGCCCAGCUCCACAGCAGUUUGAACCUGGCCCAACUGAUGGUCUGUCCGAUUCAGGGGUUCUAAUACCAGAACCAAGUAUUGACAUAAACAAGAGGUUCAGAAUGUGGUUGAAGACAUCAUUAAUGAAAAAAAAUCUCAAAAAAACCCAGCCUACAAGAGAUAACAUUCCAAUUUCUGAGUUCACAACUAAGUACUUUUUCACUCUUGCUUUUCCUUGUCUCAUUCCCUAUGGUACUGGAAAUUUCCAUGUAAACAGACCCCGAACAUGUUCCUCUAUGACAGAAUGGGCUGAUCAUUUAUUGUGGUACAAAGACGGUCGAUUUGCCAGACAUCCAUACUUCAAAUUCAUUGUCCACAAUAUCAUUAUGAGAAAGAGAACCCUAGAGCAAAGUACCUAUAUCAUUAAGCAACAACUUGGGGAUGAGCAUAUGACAGUUUCUGAAUUAAAAGAACAACUGCAAAAUGGCAACAAUAGCAUUCCUGAAAAAAAUCUAUAUUUUGGUGCAAACUUGCGCGGAACAUCACAAUACUGGGCACAAAGGGCUAAAGAAUUGAGAGCACUCAUUCACUAUCAAAUAAAUGAGGGGCAUGGAUUGCCAUUCUUUUUUCACAACUGGAAGCUGUGCUGA